GUGAUGUCAUAAUGUCCCGACUAGUUAUAGGACUUGGGCAAUAGAAAGAAAUCUUUGAGGAGACACUGUAGAUUACCUGAUAAAAGGAUCAUUUUCCCGAUGAAUUUUAUAUUGUUUAUUUUUUUAUCUGGGGUUUUUUCCUCAUACACUAGUGAUUUGCAACCCCCUGACGAAGAAGGUGAUGUGUUACCCGUGAUACCUGAAGAGCAUCAAGAUGAACAACAACAGCAACAUAACUUGCCUAAAGAAGAAGAGACAGACUUACAGAGCCAUCCAAAUGAAGACAUUCCUAGGAAAGACUCCCAACUCCAUCCAAAUGAAGAAUUGCCCAAUAAAGACUCCGAAGUCCAGCCAAAUGAAAACUAUUUUAAAGAUGUAAAUGAACAACCACAAGGCAAGAAAGAAGGGCAUUUAGGAGUACAUAAAGAGGAUGCAGGAAAUGAGGAUAAUACUCGUGCCAAUGAGAAAACUGGCAAUUAUUAUAAAGAUAUAAGACAAUAUAUAUUCACGACACAAAAUCCAAAUGGUACUGAGUCUGAAAUAUCUGUGAGUGCAACAACUGAUUUGAAACUUGCUCUAAAAAACUAUAAACUCGUCAAUCAAACUACCGAAAAGCCCGGUGGAGACAGCUCUAAAGAACCCUUUGCAAAACAAAAAAAGCCAACCCUGAGUCAAAAUGUGCCUGCAUUUUGGACAAUGUUAGCGAAAGUUUUAAAUGCAACAGCCACAAAGAAUGCAGAUGAAAAAGAUCAAUUCUUUCAACCAAUUCCAGGCUCUGAUGUAGCUGCUACAACUCCGGAAAACCCGGAAAAGAUGGAGGAUAUCAAGUUAAAAUUAAUGCUGGGCAUCUCAUUGAUGACCCUCUUACUUUUUGUCAUCCUUUUGGCUAUCUGUAGUACCAUGAUUUUCAAAAUGAAGGCAAAGAUACCGAAUUUGAAAAAGUCAAACAAAGAAGGCAACUAUACCGUAAACCCUGAGCUGGCCAGUCGAUCUUACUUUCACCCAUCAGAAGGCGUAUCAGACACAUCUUUUUCUAAGAGUGGGGAGAGCAGCUCGUAUAUGGGAACCACUUCUUCAGAAAUGAAAAAAUCAGGCACAGGAGAGUCAAAAUCCAGAACGACAGAUGUGAUCUCCACAGCCUCAGAUGACACAGGCAUGAUUGAUGAGUCAGACUUACCUCACGACACAGGCAGAAUUGAUGAGUCAGACUCUCCUCACGACACAGGCAGGAUUGAUGAGUCAGACUCUCCUCACGACACAGGCAGGAUUGAUGAGUCAGACUCUCCUCACGACAAAGGCAGGAUUGAUAAGUCAGACUCUCCUCACAACAAAGGCAGGAUUGAUAAGUCAGACUUACCUCACGACAAAGGCAGGAUUGAUAAGUCAGACUUACCUCACGACAAAGGCAGGAUUGAUGAGUCAGACUUUCCUCAGAGUGAGGAACUAGAUGAAGACGUUCUCUCGGAUGAGUAGACAACUUCUUUUUUGGGGGGGGUCAUAAAAAAGAAAUAUUUCCAUGUGACUCACAUUAAUUUCAUGAUUUGGAAAUUCUGCUGAUACAUUUAUACAUUUCUGGUGUCUUAAGAGGACAAUAUAUUCAAUAAAAUUCUCUCUGCUGUAAUAAUUAUUUAAUGGGAAAAUACAAGGAGUAAGAAAA